AUGCUGACUGAAUGGACCAAACAACUAGAAAAUCUCACCAUCUCUUUGAAAUAUGAUGAACUUGAGAAUGAAACUGUCAAAUGUGAAUUGACCUUUCACAAUACUUCAAAAUCAGAUGUCGUGAUAAAUCCAACCGAAUCAAAUGGUACCAAAAGUUGGCUACCGAGUUUCUUUCAAACACAAGAAGAAGAAAAAUUAAUUGAUCAACCAAUUGACCAAACUUUAAAGCUAGUAUUGGGACAUAUACAGUUAUUUGGUUAUAUGAUUUUGAAUUAUAAAUUUUCAAUGGACAUUGCUGCACUAGAUUUGAAUAAACAUUAUCAAUGGUGGAACAAUACUGAAUAUUUGAAUCAAUAUAAUAUUAAAGAUGAUGAAGAGGACAAGAAGGAGCAAGAGGCGUUUACAAAAAUAGAUGAAAUGGAUUUUAUUCAACAACGAUUCAAUGAUAAGUUAGUAUUUGGUGGUUUAUUAGCUGGGAUAAAAGAUCUUAGUACAAACGAGAUAGACAUUGAUCCAACUUUGUUACAUGAUUUAAUAAAUCCUUUCGAUUCGUUUCCAACUACAAACAACUUACUACCAUUAUCUGACCUAACGGAAUCAAUUUUGCCAUUUUAUACAACUCAACAAUCUUUAUUAUUCACUGAUUUAAAUAUUCCUCAAAAUUCUUCAAAGACAUUUAAAUUUCAAAUACCUGUAAAUGAAAAUUUACCACCUAGUUAUAAUACUAGAUCUACCGGUCCAGCGUGCGAUCAAGGUUGGACAAGUAUAAGAUAUUCACUUGUAGUGAGUCUACAUGAAAAUAAUAUCAAUAAGUCUAAAUCAAUCUAUUUUCCACUAGAUAUAAGACCCAAUCAAAAAUCUGGACAUUUACAACCGAAUUAUUUUGAAAAACCUUUAGGACUAGACAAAUCUUGGUCGAUAAUAGAGAAAGAUCCUGAACCUUCAAGCAUUAACGGCACAACAUCAGGUAAAAAAGAUUUCUUAAAUGAUUUAUCCCUGCUUAUUGAUUCCGAUGUUUAUAGUAUGCCAAAAAUAUCAACAAAUGAAAGAAGAAAACUGAGUUUAAAUAUUGUAACCGAUUCAAUGAAUAACGGUUCUUACUUGCAGCAACUACCCCCACAUUUGAAAACCCUGUACCAAUUAAAAGUCAAUAGUGAAGACAUCUGUAAAAUAUAUCUAUCUAAGCCUUAUUUCCAUAAGGGUGAAGAUAUUCAUUAUACUUUAGAAAUUUCACCUGGGGAAACAAAAAUUGUUGGUGUGAUUGCAUAUAUCGAAGCUAAUGAAAUAUAUCAUACCAAUCAAGAGGUCAUAAACAACUACAAUAUAACAGGAAACAAUAAAUUAAAUACUUUAUCAUUAACAUUUUCAAAAGGAACAAAUUUAAUCAACGAUUUCAUAAAUAUUCCUAAAUUCAUCACUUCCCAAUUUCAAAGUAAAUCAUUUAUGGAUUUAAAGUAUUAUUUAAACUUUCAAUUCAAUUUCUCAAAAGAUGAUAUAAAUUCAGAAUCAGAUAUACAAGAUAAAUAUUUUAAAUCGGAAGUGGUUGGAUCGACUUAUCAUUUUAAGGUUCCAUUAUAUAUAUUAUAG